CUAAAAUAUCCGAAGACGCCCUUACAUGAUAAACUCGUUAGACGACACAACCGAUGUUGCAACCCCACCAAUAAUGUACCACGGAUUAAGCACACUCUGCCCGCCAUUCACAGAUGUCCCAGCCUCCUUUGCGAGAUCAUUAAAGCCCUUGAUCAUCAAUGACGUCACCACCUCUCGCUCUUUUGCGGACAUAUCAGUACUGACUCCUAGUAACAUCAGCAUAUUAUCACAGUCACUGACUCCCAUCGCAUAUAAAUCACUCAAAACGUUUGCGCAGGCAAUCUUUCCCUGUAGGUAAGGAUCGUCGACUAACGGAUAAAAGAAAUCGGUAGUUUGCACAAGACUUAGACCUUUAUGUCGCGUCGGAAGUACGCACGAAUCCAACCCUAUGCCAAUUUGUCCUUCGCCGUUCUCGACUCCUAGUCCGCUCAGGAACUUGCGAAGUUGUUCCUGAGGGACUUUACAUCCUCAUCCUUUUAGUUUUGUGAAAUUUGUUAAGCGAAAGGUUGGGGAAAGGUCAUAAUUUUCGGGUUUAAAUACGAUUUCAGCCCCUUUCCCGUCCGCCAUUUUAGUUCUCUUCCAAUCUUCUUCUUUACGGACACUCACGACGUUUCCCGACUAUAUAAUUAGCUCAGUUACCAUGACAAUAACUGAAAAAACAAAAUGGCGUCAACAACAGGAGUUGAAUUUUAACAUUUGUUUAUUUUUUUUGCAAAAAAUUAUGUUUGUGCCGCAUAAUGUCUUAAAAUAAAGAUCGAGAACUGUAGCUUAAGACUUCCUCUAUAAUGGCGCACAGGUAUGAUUGGCCAUUUCUUAUUUCAAUGGUGAAAAAUAUGAUGGUUUUUGAAUGCUGUUCUGAGCAAUGUUCUUAGUUUCAGUUCUUGUUUUUUGCUUAGCACGUACAAUAAACAGUGGAGAGAAGCAAAUAAUGCUUUGUUGGAUUUGUUGGAAUUUGAAAUUCCCAAGGAAGAGCGGAAGCACGAGAAGGUUUGUCAAAUAUAUUUUAAACAUUAGAAUUAUUUUUUACUUUGUAUACUGCAAGUUUAGUUAACUUUAUGAUAGAAUAUAAUUACCUGUACCCAUAUUACCUCCGCCUUUCAGCAUUUAUAUCUAGCUUUAUCACCCACCCUCCCAAUCCUUUAUUUUUAUUACCACUAUCCACUCAUUUCUCUAUUUUCUUCCACAUUCUCCUUGUUCUCCCACCCCACCUAUCCUUUGCCCCCACCUCCCAUUUACCCCACCUCCCAUUUACCCCACCUCCCCUUUGCCCCCACCUUCUCUUUACCCCACCUCCCCUUUGCCCCCACCUUCCCUUUGCCCCACCUCUCCUUUGCCCCACCUCUCCUUUGCCCCAUACCCACUUCUCUUGUACAUUCACCUAUUUCUCCACCUACCCCACUCCCUUCUACAAGAAAUAUCCCCCCACCCCUCUUACCAUUUUUUCUUUCACCUCCAACCUUCCACACUCCCUACCUAUAUCCCAUCAAUUUCUACCUCCCACUCCACUUUUUCCCUUCUGCACCUUCACAUUCCAUUUUCCCUUUACACAUUUCCUCUCCCCAUCCUGAAAGUACCCCCCACCUUUUUCAUCCUUUUCCACCCAACCUACUCUCCACUUCCACACCUCUUCCUUCCCACAUCCCCUUGCUAUCACACCUUCAAGACUGAUUUUCCCCUCCUCCCACAUUCUCCCUCUUCUCAUGCCCUUCCACCUCCAUCUCCAUUCAACCUCUCUUACCCACACUCCCUGCCACAUCUCUCACUCCCUCUCCACAAGAGGGACAGUUAUGAACAAGUUUAGCCACAAUACACUCCAGAGUCCAGACUGCAAGCCUACCCUUUGCUUCAAUUUUCAGAUCCAGAAUAACAUUGAAGCAUUCCAGUUACUUGCCGUCACAUACGUGAAGUACAUUCAGAUAUUUAGAAGACUAGAAGAAUGCUAUGACCAGGUAUAUGAGUAUAUCAUCAUCAUUGCAAUCUUUUCUUAUUUAUCUCGCAUACUUUGUGCCAAUAAACAAUAAGCUUACACUGUGAUACUUUAUUAUCACUUUGUAUAGAUUGUUCAUCCGCAGAAAAGACGCGUUAUUCGACACGUUCUUGAUGGCACUAUUGGAAGGUAGUCUCUUUACCAACUUCUCCUUGGGAAUCUAAUUUUAAUUUUCCUUCCGUAACCGAGUCUCUAACGCUAAACAAACGAACAAAUGCUUCCUAACUUGCCCAGGUCUUUAUUGAUUAUUUAGAAUUUUUUUGCCAUGAAGCUGUAAUCAUGAUUGCUUUCAUUCUAGAAUCCUGGAGCUGAAGAACGACAUGGUCUUGCUGGAGCACUCAGAAUAUCAUUAUUUCGAUGACGUUCUUUCCGAUCUCAAACUCACACCGGUACCGCUGAUAUUGUUAAUCUGAAUUUGAUAACAUAUUCUAUCGAGUUUUACAUCCGUAAUGAUUAUCUGUUUCAGAAUGACAUCGAGAUACCGGUUCCAAAGUACUUCAUAUUUGAAAACGCCAAAGCUUUGAAGGAGAAAGAGAAACUGAUGGGCAGCAUUCUUGCCAGGAAAGGACCCGUCGAUACUGAAGUUGUAAGAAUAAUAAGAGGAAAUGAAUAUUUACGAACGAACGUGUAUUAUAAAGGCCUGUUUACAUGCAAUUUCUUCUGUGUUUUUAGCGCGAUUUUCCUCUUAUGCAUGUGAACGAGUACCAGAAAAAGGAAUUGCACUAGAAAUCGCAGCCUUAAGAAGUUCUGAACAUUGUUUAGGAUAGUACGUUGAUGAUAUCAAUCUCGUUUUUAAGGAAAAAGAAGAAAUUCCCAUGUCAAUGGACGAGGCAAUCCGAAUUAUUCAGGUGACUUGACAGAAGGAUUUCAUUGGAAAUUCUUAGUUUUAAAUUUUGUUUUUGUUGCCGGAGUAAUGUUCAAUUAUGCUUUCUGUUUUUUUCAGGUUCAUGAACGGGCAAGGCAAGGUCGACUGAGAGCAAAAUUUAUGCGUGAAAUAAGGUAG